GCUCGGCAUGUGCAUGCUAACAAACAACUAAGUAUAUUAUCGGUCAAAAGAAUGUAUAAAGCUUUCAUGUCAUAUACAUCUAUUACGUUAUUAAUCGAAUUCGAUAUAUCAUUGAAUGCUCGACGUACAUAUAUAGCCAACGGUUGUCUGCUCUCUCUGUGCGAACAGUCCCCGGACAAGACCUUUUAUGGGCUGCAUGGACAAAUUAGUUGUCUGGGAAAUCUCAUUAAUUUUCUGCAUAUGAUCUCAUAAAUACAAAAAAUAUUCAUACCAUCCACCGAAAAAAAGAAGAAGAAGAAGAAGAAACCCAUUCCGUAAAGGCAGAUAGUCCAUUAAGCCUCCUAUUCUCUCCUCUCCUCUGUUUUCUAUUCCUGCUGUUUUCAGAGACGUAAUGGAGAUAGAGGUGGCGGGCGGCAGCGGUGGAGGUGGAGGUGGAGGUGGAGAGCAUCGGGAGCUGGCGUCGGUGGUGGCAGCGGGUGGUGAGAUGGAGGAGGUCAGGGGGACGUACUUGGUGUGGGAGGACUUGACGGUGGUGCUGCCGAACUUCAGCCACGGCCCAACCAGGAGGCUGCUUCAGGGCCUCCAUGGCUACGCCGUGCCGGGUCGGAUCAUGGCCAUCAUGGGCCCUUCCGGGUCCGGUAAAUCCACCCUUCUUGAUUCUUUAGCAGGCAGAUUAUCAGGAAAUGUGAUCAUGACCGGAAAUGUCCUCUUGAAUGGGAAGAAGAGGAGGAUCGAGUACGGCGUAGUUGCCUAUGUGACCCAAGAAGAUGUGUUACUUGGGACGCUAACAGUGAGGGAGACGAUAAGAUACUCGGCACUCUUGAGGCUCCCGACCUCGAUGACCAGACAGGAAGUGGAUGAAGUCGUGGAAGGGACGAUCAUGGAGCUGGGCCUCCAAGACUGCGCCGACACAGUGAUUGGGAGCUGGCAUUUGAGGGGGAUAAGUGGCGGGGAGAAGAAGAGGCUAAGCAUAGCCUUAGAAAUCCUCACCAAACCUCACUUGCUGUUCCUCGACGAGCCAACCAGUGGGCUCGACAGCGCCUCGGCCUUCUUCGUGGUGCAGACACUGAGGAACAUUGCUCGGGAUGGCAGGACGGUGAUUUCCUCGAUUCACCAGCCCAGCAGCGAGGUGUUUGCCCUGUUUGAUGACCUGUUCCUGCUGUCGGGCGGUGAGACUGUGUACUUUGGAGAAGCGAAAAUGGCCAUUGAGUUCUUUGCUGAGGCGGGCUUCCCUUGUCCGAGCAGAAGAAACCCUUCUGAUCACUUCUUACGCUGCAUAAACUCCGACUUUGAUGUGGUAACAGCUACACUCAAAGGAUCUCAAAGGAUUCGGGAUGCUCCAACUUCAUCGGACCCGUUCAUGAACUUGGCAACAGCAGAGAUUAAAGGACUGCUUGUUCAGAAGUAUAGGAGCUCAAAGUAUGCGAAAAGGGCCGAGGCUCGUAUUGCAGAAAUAACAACCUCAGAUGGACUCGAAGUUGUACCGCCGAGGGGGAGUCAAGCAGCAUGGUGGAAGCAACUUCUUACCUUGACUCGAAGAUCACUCUUGAACAUGUCCAGAGACGUUGGCUAUUACUGGCUGAGGAUAAUAGUUUACCUGAUCGUCUCAGUCUGUGUCGGUACGAUCUUCUUCGAUGUGGGGAACAGUUACACUGCGAUAUUGGCUCGUGGAGCUUGCGGCGCUUUCAUAUCAGGCUUCAUGACAUUUAUGUCAAUAGGAGGAUUCCCCUCUUUCAUCGAAGAAAUGAAGGUUUUCUACCGAGAGAGACGUAACGGGUAUUAUGGAGUUGCAGUCUACAUUGUCUCAAACUUCCUCUCUUCGUUCCCAUUUUUGGUAGCUAUAGCAAGUGUCACAGGGACCAUUACCUACCACAUGGUCAAGUUCCGGCCCGGCUUUUCUCACUACGUGUACUUCUGCCUAAACAUAUUCUCCUGCAUCGCAGUCAUAGAGAGCCUCAUGAUGGUUGUUGCCUCAUUGGUUCCAAACUUCUUGAUGGGCAUCGUGACAGGAGCGGGAAUUAUUGGGAUUCUAAUGAUGACUUCCGGGUUCUUCCGAUUGCUGCCUGACCUUCCGAAACCAUUUUGGCGAUACCCGAUUUCAUAUCUCAGUUACGGCUCAUGGGCAAUUCAGGGAGCAUACAAGAAUGACCUGAUCGGCCUUGAAUUCGAUCCCCUGAUACCAGGAGAGCCGAAGCUGAAGGGUGAGGUAAUCAUCACAACUAUGUUCGGGAUCCCGCUGGACCAUUCCAAGUGGUGGGACUUGGGGGCUGUCUUUACCAUUCUCGUGAUCUACAGGAUCGUCUUCUUUGUCAUCCUCAAGUUCAAAGAGAGGGUGUCCCCCGUCUUCCACAAGAUAUAUGCGAAGAGAACUCUACACCAUCUCGAUAAAAGGCCUUCCUUCAGAAAGUUAGGCUCGUUAUCGAAACGUCACCAACCACUGCAAUCCCUGUCUUCUCAAGAGGGUCUCAACUCUCCACUCAACUAGGAGCUCCCGGAAGAUUGGGGCUCUUCUUCCCAAAUGUAAAAUGAAAGUUGUCGUGUAGCCUACUGAUUUUUGGAUAGAUUUGAUACGAAAUAUACAAAGUUUACCCGAUAAGGAUCGUUUCCAUGGAUUCAGAUGUUUGCAUACAUGGGAUAUGUUCUGUCUGUACCAUUCAUACGUUACUAACUCAAGCAUCAUUAUCAAUGUCUUGUUAAUAAGGACAUACUGUGGACUAGAA